AUUUUAUAUAUGAUCAAAUUUAGAUGAUAUCUAAAUCUUCAAAUGACAUUCAAAUGAGUCAUUUUAUCAGGGUGAAAGAACACACUUGGCACACACAUGCGCAUGCAGAAAAAAAAUGCAGUUCCUAAAAUGUCAUGUGAGAGUUUUUUCAGUCACUCCAGAGCCAGGACUGAUGGUACAUGCUCCCUGACAUAUUGAAAUAACUGCUUCACUCAGCUGCACAAUGCCUCAACUCCUGAGCAACAGCAGUUCACAAGAGGCUGCAGUUUAUUAUGCAUCAGAAUCAAUGGUCUCCAUUGCUAUCUUCAGCAUCGUUUUCAUCAUAGGUAUCCCAGGCAAUGGGUUGGUGAUCUGGGUAGCUGGUCUGAAAAUGAAAAGGUCUGUGAACACUGUCUGGUUCCUAAACCUUGCUGUGGCUGACUUCAUGUGCUGCUUGUCCUUGCCAUUUUUCAUUGUUCACCUGGCCCUCCAUGAACACUGGCCCUAUGGCUGGUUCCUCUGCAAAGUCAUUCCAUCAGUCUUAAUCUUCACCAUGUUUGCUAGCGUCUUCCUACUCGUGGCCAUCAGCAUUGACCGGUGCCUCCUGGUGAUGAAACCUGUCUGGUGUCAGAACCACCGAACAGUGAAAUUUAUAUCUCUGGUAUGCAGUGGCAUUUGGAUUCUGGCCUUCAUUUUCUGCUGCCCUGUCUUCUACUACCGUGAGACAAGCACUUAUGAUGGCAAAACAGAGUGUGGGUACAACUUCAGAGUUGAUGAUUAUAUAGAUGAUUACAUAGAUGGUUCUGUAAAUGCAUCUGUAAACRCAUCUGUAAAUGAGUUAUGGGAAGAAUACUUACCCUUAACCUACGAUGGUAGUGACUUGUGGGGAAAUAGCAAUGAAAGUAAUUAUUUUGUACCCCUUGCCUCCGUGGUAAUGAACACCACUAGGGCUGUCUUUGGCUUUGUGAUCCCCUUUGGUGUAAUGGCAGUWUGCUACACCCUCAUUGUUUUCAGAACACAUGCAAAUCAGUCUCACAAGCCACACAAGAGGAUGCUGCGAACAAUUGUGUUCUUGGUAGCUGCAUUCUUCAUCUGCUGGGCUCCAUACCAUGUAGUUGGGAUUCUCUCGGUUGUCCCUAGUCUUGGAACAGGACUGAGGGAGUCACUGAUUCUGUGGGAUCACCUCUCUACGGCAUUUGCCUAUGCCAACAGCUGCAUCAACCCCCUGCUUUAUGUUUUUGUGGGACAGAACUUCAGGGCCAAGGUAYGGCAAUCGGUGCAAAGAAUCUUGGAAAGUGCCUUUAGUGAGGAACUCACAUCUUCACAGAAGCCAGACUCAGCACAGAAGAACCUUAGCAGCACCUUGUARUACAGGACUUCCUGCCACCACUGUAGAAAGAGCAAGCUAUGGCACUGCACAUCCAUCACUCUCCGCUUAGCAGGUGGUUUUGCUCCAACAUGUUUAACCUGCUGGUACAACUUGGGACACUGCGACCACUCACAUCAUGACAGAUAACCCCCUUAAUAUCCUACAUUAGAGAGAAGGGAAGCUGGAAGUUCCAAGAGUAAUAAUCUGAGGUAAAGAAGACUGGUGAAGCAGAAGACACAGUAUUUUAACCUACACAGAGUAUUUUAAGAAAGCAGGUCUGGUUGCAGAUUUGUGGUGGGAUCAUGUAGUUGAACCUCUCAACUGAGAUGAGAAUGUUAUUUUAUUUGCAUAUGUCUAUGUUUUACAUCUCCUGUCUCUGAUAAAGCAUAGAUAAAACUUGGAUGUUGCUCCUCAGAAGGUCAUCACAUCUUUUCGCUGUGACUCUACUUGGAGUCUGAGGUAGGUGUGGGAGUAUCUGA